GAGAAUGUAAAUAGUAUGUGUUAUUGUCCCUACACACGCAUUAAAUAUGCGCACGAACCACCGGCACUACUUCUCCGCUUCUUGCUAGUAUGCACCCUUGUCGCCUUGCGUGCGCCGGUUGCGCAACCCCCUAACCUGCGCAUCUCCACCCACCUCAUCGAAACUAAGACCAUCACAACCCUUCAUCAGCUCCACAGAACCCAGAUCUCGGGUUCCAAUUCCCAAUCCAUGUCGAAGGCGCGUGUCUACACCGAUGUCAACGUUCUUCGCCCCAAAGAGUACUGGGAUUACGAGUCUCUCACCGUUCAAUGGGGCGAUCAGGAUGAUUAUGAGGUUGUGCGAAAAGUGGGAAGGGGGAAGUACAGUGAGGUUUUUGAAGGCAUAAAUGUUAAUAGCAACGACCGCUGUAUAAUCAAGAUUCUCAAGCCUGUUAAGAAAAAAAAGAUUAAAAGAGAGAUAAAAAUACUUCAGAACCUUUGUGGGGGGCCAAAUAUUGUUAAGCUUCUUGAUAUUGUCAGAGAUCAACACUCUAAAACUCCUAGCUUAAUAUUUGAGUAUGUCAACAGUACGGAUUUUAAAAUUUUAUAUCCAACCUUGACGGAUUAUGACAUACGCUAUUAUAUAUACGAGCUUCUCAAGGCCUUAGAUUACUGCCAUUCCCAAGGCAUAAUGCAUAGAGAUGUGAAGCCUCAUAAUGUUAUGAUAGAUCAUGAAUUACGGAAACUCCGGUUGAUAGAUUGGGGUCUCGCUGAAUUUUAUCACCCUGGAAAGGAAUACAAUGUUCGUGUGGCUUCAAGAUACUUUAAGGGCCCUGAACUUCUAGUUGAUUUGCAAGAUUAUGACUACUCAUUAGACAUGUGGAGUCUUGGCUGCAUGUUUGCUGGAAUGAUAUUUCGCAAGGAGCCUUUCUUUUAUGGUCACGACAACCAUGACCAACUAGUCAAAAUAGCUAAGGUGCUUGGUACUGAUGAACUGAAUGCAUAUCUGAAUAAGUAUCAUCUGGAGCUUGAUCCUCAACUUGAUGCACUAGUUGGAAGGCACAGUCGCAAACCUUGGUCUAAAUUUAUUAAUGCUGAUAAUCAACAUCUCGUGUCUCCUGAGGCAAUUGAUUUUCUUGAUAAGCUCCUUCGAUACGAUCACCAGGACAGGCUUACAGCAAGAGAAGCAAUGGCACAUCCAUAUUUCUCUCAAGUAAGGGCAGCUGAAAGCAGCAGAAUGAGGACACAGUAACUUUAUCAUUUGUGAUAAACCUGAGUUAAUAUGUGGGAUUGUUUUAUAAUACCCAAGAACAUGAGGCAUGAUUGCCUUCUGUUAAUUAUAGUUUGUUAGAUUUGUUGUGGAAUGUAACAAUAUCAUAUAUCUUGUUCCAAGGGAAUAAUCUGUUAAUCUGUUGAAAAAUUAAAUUUUAUCAUAAAAGAGUUGUGGUUUGAUAUAAACUCGGAAGACACCUUUAAGCCGGUGUUUAUUUUUUAUUAAUAUUAGAUAAGAAAAAUAGUUAUUUUUCUUUGA